AUGACUGAGGAACAAGUGAAAAAGAUUGAGGCUUUGAGAGUGAAGAUUAAAAUGGAUGAGGAGAAAGUUGAGAGAGAGUUUGAAAGGCAACAGGUGGGCAUGGCAGAUCGGAAAAUUGUGGAGUUGGUUGCUUUAGAAAGGCGAGUUAUGAAGAAUGGUGACACGGCGGCGACACAGGUAAAUGAGCUGGUGGAGGUGGCGUUGAUGGCUUUGCUGGGUGGAUUAGAGAAAGUAAUGAAAAUGGCUGAUUGUGUGAGGCUCGAGACAUUGAAGGGCGCGGUGGAUACCUUAACUCCCAUGCAAUGUAUGGAUUUCUUGGCCGCCAUUUCCAGAGUUCAAAUUCAGAUUAGGAAAUGGGGGAAGAAGCAUGAUAAAAAGUUGCAAUGA